CUUAGGCUGUCACUCUUCAUUGAGCCCAGAGUCUGAGCACAUCUUCUGUCACUCAGGCCCUGAAGGGUCGGGACCUUAAACGUUAUCCAAUCAGAAACUCUGGACUAGGACCCGUCCAAUCAGGCAUGCAGCUGGAGCAGACAAGACGGCUUCCGGGAUUUGGCGGCACUUUUGUGUCUCCCUGCAGCCGGAGCUCUAGGUCUCACUUUCUCUGCUGUGUCCUCUCCUCCUAGAGGCCCAGCCUCUGUGGCCUUGCGAACUACAUAAAUUGGAAGAUCCGCAGCUAAGACGCCGGGACCCUCUGGAAGCCUAGAAAUGGGACUGUUGACAUUUAGGGAUGUGGCCAUAGAAUUUUCUCUGGAAGAGUGGCAAUGCCUGGACACUGCACAGCGGAAUUUAUAUAAAAAUGUGAUUUUAGAAAACUACAGAAACCUUGUCUUCCUGGGUAUUGCUGUCUCUAAACCAGACCUGAUCACCUGUCUGGAGCAAGAAAAGGAGCCUUUGAUUAUGAAAAGAGAGGAGAUGGCAGAUGAACCCCCAGUCAUGUGUUCUCAGUUUGCUCAAGACUUUUGGCCAGAGCAGAACAUAAAAGAUUCUUCUCAAAAUAUGACACUGAGAAGAUGUGAAAAAUGUGGAUAUGAGAAUUUUCAUUUAAAUGGCUGCAAAAGUGUGGCUGAGUGUAAGGUCCACAAAGGAGGUUUUAAUGGACUUAACCAAUGUUUACCAACUACCCAGAGCAAGAUGUUUCCGUGUGAUAGAUAUGUGCGAGUCUUUCAUAAAUUUCCACAUUCAGAUAGAUAUAAGAUCAAACAUAUGGAAAAUAAACAUUUCAAAUGUGAAGAAUGUGGCAAAUCAUUUUGCAUGCUUUCACGCCUAACUCAACAUAAAAGAAUUUAUACUAGAAUGAAUUUUGGCAAAUGUGAAGAAUGUGAAAAAGGUUUUAACCAAUCAAACCUUACUGCAUAUAAAAAAAAUUAUACUCCAAAAAAAUUAUACAAAUGUGAAGAAUGUGGCAAAGCCUUUAAGCGAUCCUCAACUCUAACUACACAUAAGAGAAUUCAUACAGGAGAGAAACCCUACAAAUGUGAAGAAUGUGGCAAAGCCUUUAAUCAGUUCUCAAAUCUUACUACACAUAAGAAAAUUCAUACUGGAGAGCAACCCUACAUUUGUGAAGAAUGUGGCAAAGCUUUUACCCAAUCCUCAACUCUUACUACACAUAAGAGAAUUCAUACCGGAGAUCAACCCUACAUCUGUGAAGAAUGUGGCAAAGCUUUUACCCGAUCCUCAAUUCUUACUGCACAUAAGAGAAUUCAUACCAGAGAGAAACCCUACAAAUGCAAAGAAUGUGGCAAAGCUUUUAAACUCUCCUCAGCCCUUACUAUACAUAAAAGAAUUCACACUGGUGAGAAGCCCUACAAAUGUGAAGAAUGUGGAAAAGCUUUUAAGAAAUCCUCAAUACUUAAUGAACAUAAAAACAUUCAUACUGAAGAGAAACCCUACAAAUGUAGAGAAUGCGGCAAAGCUUUUAAACACUCCUCGGUCCUUACUACACAUAAAAGAAUUCAUACUGGUGAGAAACCCUACAAAUGUGAAGAAUGUGGCAAAGCUUUUAAACACUCCCACUCCCUUACUACACAUAAAAGAAUUCAUACUGGAGAGAAACCCUACAAAUGUGAAGAAUGUGGCAAAGCUUUUAACCGAUCUGCAAAUCUUAGUGAACAUAAAAACAUUCAUACUGGAGAGCAACCCUACAAAUGUGAGAAAUGUGGCAAAGCAUUUCACCGAUCCUCAAAUCUUACUGAACAUAAGAAAAUUCAUACUGAAGAGAAACCUUACAAAUGUAAAGAAUGUGGCAAAGCUUUUAAACACUCCACAGCACUUACUACACAUAUAAGAAUUCAUACUGGUGAGAAACCUUACAAAUGUGAAGAAUGUGGAAAAGCUUUUUACCGAUCCUCCAAACUUUCUGAACAUAAGAAACGUCAUACUGGAAAGAAACUCUGCAAAUGUGAAGAAUGUGGCAAAGCUUUUAACCGAUCUUCAAAACUUACUGAACAUUAGAUAAUUCAUACUGGAGAGAAACCCUAUAAAUGUGAGAGAUGUGACAAAGCUUUUAACCAAUCUGCGAACCUUGCUAGACAUAAAAAAAUUCAUAUCGGAGAGAAGAUCUACAAAACUGAAAGAUGUGACAAUGAUUUUGACAACGCCUUAAACUUUUCUAAAUACAAAGAAAGUCAUACUGGUGAAACAUACUAGAAAUGUAAAGAAUGUGUCAAAGACUAAAUAGUUUUCACACUUGGUUGUACGUAAGAUAAUUUAUACUGGAGAAAACUAAGUGUGAAGUAUUUGGCAAUACUGUUAAUGACCAAAUCUUAUUGCAUUGGAAAGCAUUUAUACUUGAGAAAAAUUGUACAAAUACAAAUGAUAUGGAAUAGCCAUUAAUCUCUGCUUACAUCUUAAUAUCAGAAUGUUGGCACUUAAUAAAAGCAUAAUGAAUGCAAUUACUGUCAAAAAGGAAAAUAAAAGCCUUUAAAGCUAAGUGUAUUCAUUUUGAAGACAAAUAUUACAAACAUAAAGAAGGUUUUAGUACCUUUACGUGUAUCACAGAUCUUAUCACCCACAUUUUGUACUAGAGAAAAACCCUGAAGCAGUUGCUCAAACUUUGUUCAACAUCAGGCAUUCUGUAUUGGAGAAAAAUUCUGCAAACGUCAUAAAUUUGAAAAAACCUACAUUUCAAAACCUAUAGCUUAGAAAACACAAGAGAGUUUAUACUAAAAUAUGUUUUUGCAGGCCAGACAUGGUGGCUCACACCUGUAAUUCCAGCACUUUGGGAGGUUGAGGCAGGUGGAUCACCUCAGGUCAAGAGUUUAAGACUAGCCUGGUCAACAUUUUUUUAAGCCUCAUCCUUACAAAAAUUACCCAGGCAUGGUGGCUGGUGCAUGUAAUGUAUUCCCAGCUACUCAGGAGGUUGAGGCAGGAGAAUCGCUUGAACCUGGGAGCAGUGAGCCAAGAUUGUGCCAUUGCACUCCCACCUGGGUGACAAGAGUGAAACUCUGUCUUAAAAAAAAAAAAAUAUAUAUAUAUAUAUAUACACACACACACAUAUAUAUUUGCAGAUGCAGUAAAUAUAAAACUAUUUUAAUACAAAGUUUAUGUAAAUAUCAGAUAACUUACAGUAAAAAUAUCUUAGGCACUGACAGAAACAUUACAAUAAAUCAGAGUGCUGAGUAUAAAAUAAAAUCCAGAGCUAAAGUUGUUAGAUAAAUCAUUUGCAUGUAACUGUAAAAGAUGGAAAAAGUUUUUGAAAAGUUAUAAUUACAUUCAAAGUACACUUUUAACAUGGUGGCUCACACCUGUAAUCCCAGCACUUUGGGAGCUGAGGUGGGUGGAUUACAAGGUCAAGAGAUUGAGACCAUCCUGGUAAACAAGGUGAAACCUUAUCUCUACUAAAAAUACAAAAAAAUUAGCUGGGCAUGGUGGUGUGCACCUGUAGUCCCAGCUACUGGGGAGGCUGUGGCAGGAGAAUUGCUUGAACCCAGAAGGCGGAGGUUGCGGUGAGCAGAGAUUGUGCCAUUGCACUCCAGCCUGGGUAACAAGAGUAAAACUCCAUCUCAAAAAAAAAAAAAUAUUAGAUUGUGUGUGAACUUAAAUGUGGGGAUUGCUUCUGCAAAGGGCCCUUGACAGGAUCCUCACCAUUUUGAGCUUGAGCCCAUACAAGUUUCUUUUUUCCUGGAGGCUGUUGAGCUAAGGGAAAAGAGGAAGUCUGGUUGCACUGAUUUUAUAAACAUCAAUCAUUGCCUCUGACAUUUGCAAUGGAAUGGCUGGGCUCAGGCCUUGUGUUCUAAUGAGACAUUGUGUGAUUAGACAUUGUGUGCCUCCUAGUUCCUUCUCUGCACAAUAACUGUAUGACUUUGUUUAUCUCUGUUAACUCAAUCAUAUUGUUUGUAUAUGAUCCUAUAUGAAUAGGCAAGGUUAGAAUGACAUUUGGAAAGGUCCAGCUGUACCUUGUUAACGAUCUUAGUUGCUUGUUUGACUGAUUUUAGAUAAACAUAUGUUUAGAUUUAUGACCCCCUUUUGCAAACUUUAUUGUCUUUUUGCUGUACACCCUAUGAUUAAGUCAUAUUUUCUGUAUCCCUUUUCUUGUGAUUUAUGUUCUUGAUUUUAUUUCAAGAUACAAUGGAACGUACAUCACUCCUCAAGCACUGAAAUGUAUAUAACCUGUGGUGUGCACAAAUAAACUUGCUGUUUUGGCACUUGCUGCUCCGGCAUUGCCUGGCAGUCCUCCAGA